AUGCUUAGCUUCUGUAGACGGUUUUUCAUACACUCCUCUGUUCCUCGUGCAUAUCAGCCGAUGAUAUUUCCUUCAUAUUCUUCUUUGUAUUCACAUCCGUAUUCCUCUUCGUAUUCCCUUCGUAUUUCCUUCGUAUUCCCAUUCGUAUUGCUCUUCGUAUCCCUAUCGUAUUUCUAUCAUAUUCUCAUUCGUAUUCCACUUUGUAUUCCCAUCGUAUUCUCAUUCGCAUUCCACUUUGUAUUCCCAUCGUAUUCUCAUUCGUAUUCCUCUUUGUAUUCCCAUCAUAUUUCUUUCCUCUUCCCAUUCGUAUUCCUCUUGCCAUUCCCAAUCGUAAUCUUCUUCGUAUUCCCAUCGUAUUCCCAUUUGUAUUCCUCUUCACAUUCCUCUUCGUAUUUCCUUCGCAUCCGCAUUCGUAUUCCUCUUCGUAUUCCCAUCGUAUUUCCUACCUAUUCCUAUUCGUAUUACUCUUCGUAUUGCAAUUCGUUUACCUCUCCGUAUUCCCAUCGAAUUUCCAUCAUAUUCUCAUUUGUAUUCCCAUUCGUAUUUCCAUUCGUAACCCUCUCCGUAUUCCCUUCGUAUUUCCUUUAUAUUCCCAUUCAUAUUCCCAUUCGGAUUCCUCUUCGUAUUCCCAUUAGUAUUUCCAUUCGUAUUCCUCUUCGUAUUCCCAUCGUAUUUCCUUUAUAUUCCCAUUCAUAUUCCUCUUCGUAUUCUCAUCGUAUUCCUCUUCGUAUUCCCAUUCGUAUUCCUCUUCGUAUUCCCAUCAUAUUCCCCAUUCGUUUUUCUCUUCCCUUUCACUUCAUAUUCCAUUCGUAUUCCCGUUCCUAUUCUCUUUGUAUUCCCUCUGUAUUCUCAAUCAAGACGAUCUUAGUCUUUUCAAGUAUAGAAUAA